GUAUCACCUAACAGCCGCCAAAAAAUAUCGUCUUCGAUUAGAAUUGUUUAGUACAUUCUAGCAGCUCAAUCGAAAUGGACGGUAACACUUGGCUUCACUUCAGCCACGGCGCAAUCCCUCAGGCAGCCGUAGUCGCUGGCCACGAUGCCGAUGGCGACACCAUCUUCAUCGGGCGGGCUUUCUACUGCAACGACAUGCUGCCGGCCAAGAUUAUUCCCAACAAGGGAAAGGCCUAUGUGGCCUAUGCCAACCAGGAGGUGGAGCUGGAGAACUACGAGGUGCUCAGUGGAUCCAACUACGAGUGGCUGCCAGCGGAAAACGGUGAGGUGCCGCACGGAGCCGUCAAAGUUGGCCAGAAUGUCGACGGUGAGACUCUGUACGCCGGAAGGGGCUAUCAUGCCGGCAGUUUGACCGUGGGCAAGGUGCAUCCGUCCCAUGGCUGCCUGUACAUUCCCUUCGAUUCCGAGGAGGUGAAGAUUUUCGCCUACGAAGUUCUGUCGCGUCGCAUGGAGGCGAGAUAGGUGCUCCAGUUCCACUUAAUGCCUGUUAAUCACAAAUAAAAUCAACCCUUUUUGUAAAA